UGCCUCGCUCAGCUUCCGUAGGGCGGGCUCUAGCCGGACUUAUUUAGCAGCGCCCAAGCCCAAACCGGAAGUCGGGGCGGAGCUAAUAAAGCGUCGGCGCCCACUCAACGGAAGUGGCUGUUGGAGGCUUUAAGGUAGCUUUAAAUUCCUGGUGUCUCGGAAGCUUGCCCCUUUCUGUUGGAGUCGAGUUUCGUGGGACGGAUGGCGGUGGACGUGAAGUCGCGAGCAAAGCGUUAUGAAAAACUGGACUUCCUCGGGGAGGGACAGUUUGCCACGGUUUACAAGGCCAGAGACAAGAACACCAACCAAAUUGUCGCCAUUAAGAAAAUUAAACUUGGACAUAGAUCAGAAGCUAAAGAUGGUAUAAAUAGAACAGCCUUAAGAGAGAUAAAAUUAUUACAGGAGCUAAGUCAUCCAAAUAUAAUUGGUCUCCUUGAUGCUUUUGGACAUAAAUCUAAUAUUAGCCUUGUCUUUGAUUUUAUGGAAACUGAUCUAGAGGUUAUAAUAAAGGAUAAUAGUCUUGUGCUGACACCAUCACACAUCAAAGCCUACAUGCUGAUGACUCUUCAAGGGUUAGAAUAUUUACAUCAACAUUGGAUUCUACAUAGGGAUCUAAAACCAAACAACUUGUUGCUAGAUGAAAAUGGAGUUCUAAAACUGGCAGAUUUUGGCCUGGCCAAAUCAUUUGGGAGCCCCAAUAGAGCUUAUACACAUCAGGUUGUAACCAGGUGGUAUCGGGCCCCUGAGUUACUCUUUGGAGCUAGAAUGUAUGGUGUAGGUGUGGACAUGUGGGCUGUUGGCUGUAUAUUAGCAGAGCUGCUUCUAAGGGUUCCUUUUUUGCCAGGAGAUUCAGACCUUGAUCAACUAACAAGAAUAUUUGAAACUUUGGGCACACCAACUGAGGAACAGUGGCCUGACAUGUGUAGUCUUCCAGAUUUCGUGACAUUUAAGAGUUUUCCUGGAAUCCCGUUACAACACAUCUUCAUUGCAGCAGGAGACGACUUGCUAGAUCUCAUACAAGGCUUAUUCUUAUUUAACCCAUGUACUCGAAUUACAGCAACACAGGCAUUGAAAACUAAAUAUUUCAGUAAUCGGCCAGGGCCAACACCUGGAUGUCAGCUGCCAAGACCAAACUGUCCAUUGGAAACUCUAAAGGAGCAGUCAAAUCCAGCUGUAGCAACAAAACGGAAGAGAACACAGGCCUUGGAACAAGGAGAAUGACUAGAAGUCUCCUGUAACUUCAAUUAUUCUCUCCUUACUGUGAUCAAUUGAGACAUUAAACUGAGCUUCCCAGGAGCUUCCUUUUCAUUGUGGUCUCACUGGCAAUAGAAAAACAUGAAAGUGGUAAAUUACAAGCAAGAAGACUAAGAAGAAGUAAAAGGAAGAAAAGAUUUUUUAGAAAGAGUAUUUUGAGGGACAUUAAAAACUUCUCAAAACAAUAUCUUCUUUGCUGUUCUGAACUUUCAGUAUGACAGUAUCCGAGGCAAAAACUAAAUCUUGUUUUUAUUCUGAUGGCACAAGGCUCCAAGGAGAGACAAGUGACACUGGGUUGGCAAUGACAAGUUCUGUUGUAGUAAUACUUGUGCUAGGCAGAAUAAUGGUCCUAAAGAUGACCACAUCUUAAUCCCCAGAACCUGUGAAUACAUGGCAAAAGGAACUUUGUUUGAUUAAGUUAAGGAGUAGGAGAUUAUCCUUGAUUAUUCAGGUGACCCCACUGUACUCAACAAAGGGUCCUUAUGAAUGAAAGAGGGAGGCAGGAAAGUCAGUGUCAGGGUGAAACAGCAUGAGAAAGACUUGACCAGCCAUUGCUGGCUUUGAAGAUGGAGGAAGGUGGCCACGAGCCAAGGAAUGUAGGUGGGCUCUAGAAGCUGAAAAAGGCUCAGGAAUGGAUACUAUUCUCAGGAAUAGAGUCUCCAGAAGGAACGCAGCUCUGCCGACCUCUGGAUUUUAGCCCAGUAAAACCUGUUUUGGAUUUCUGACCUGCAGAACUGUAAGAUAAUAAAUUUGUGUUAUCUUAAGGCAAUAAAUUUGUGGUAAUUUGGAAAUUACCUAUUAGCGACAAGAAACCAAUACAAUAUCCUUAGGUAGGAUCAAGCUAACUUAAGAUAAAAGUCCAUAACCCAACAAGACAGGAGCUCAUACUUUUACUGUUACAUUUUGUUUAUAUCCCAGUGGUUUCCUCAUGUUCUUAUAAAGGCAUUUUAGCAAUAUGUGCGGUUUUCAACAUCUUGCUUGCAAAACAGAACCCAACCUCUAUGCAUGAUAGGAACUGAAAGAAAAAUAUAUAAAUAAUCCUGUCCUAAUUUCAAGAAGGAUUUUGAAAGAUGGGGGAUAAGAUCCGCAUCUGCAGCAUGUUUU